ACCACAGAGGCUCCAACAACAACAACAGCUGCCCCAACAACUACUACAGAGGCUCCAACAACAACAACAUCCGCUCCCACUACAACCCCAGCUGACCCUACAACUACCACAGACGCUCCGACAACAACCACAGCUUCUCCUACUACAAACACAGCUGCCCCUACAACGAGCACAGAGGCUCCAACAACAACCACAGCUUCUCCCACUACAACCACAGCUGGCGCUACAACUACCACAGAGGCUCCAACAACAACAACAACAGCCAAUCCUACAACUAGCACAGAGGCUCCAACAACAACCACAGCUUCUCCCACUACAACCCCAGCUGGCCCUACAACUAGCACAGAGACUCCAACAACAACAACAGCCACUCCUACAACUACCACAGAGGGUCCAACAACAUCAACAGCCGCUCCAACAACAACAACAGCUUCUCCCACUACAACCACAGCUGCACCUACAGGCCUUACAACUACCACAGAGACUCCAACAACAACAACAACAGCCACUCCUACAACUACCACAGAGGUUCCAACAACAACAACAGCUGCUCCCACUACAACCACAGCUGCACCUACAACUACAACAGGUGCUCCCACUACAACCACAACAGCCACUCCUACAACUAGCACAGAGGCUGCAACAACAACCACAGCUUCUCCCACUACAACCGUAGCUGGCACUACAACUACCACAGAGGCUCCAACAACAACAACAGUUGCCUUAACAACUACUACAGAGGCUCCAACAACAACAACAUCCGCUCCCACUACAACCCCAGCUGCCCCUACAACUACCACAGACGCUCCGACAACAACCACAGCUUCUCCCACUACAAACACAGCUGCCCCUACAACGAGCACAGAGGCUCCAACAACAACCACAGCUUCUCCCAAUACAACCACAGCUGGCCCUACAACUACCACAGAGGCUCCAACAACAACAACAACAGCCACUCCUACAACUAGCACAGAGGCUCCAACAACAACCACAGCUUCUCCCACUCCUCCAACAACAACCACAGCUUCUCCCACUACAACCACAGCUGUCCCUACAACUACCACAGAGGCUCCAACAACAACAACAGCCACACCUACAACUAGCACAGAGGCUCCAACAACAACAACAGCCACUCCUACAACUAGCACAGAGGCUCCAACAACAACAACAGCCACUCCUACAACGAACACAGAGUCUCCAACAACAACCACAGCUUCUCCCACUACAACCCCAGCUGGCCCUACAACUACCACAGAGACUCCAACAACAACAACAGCCACUCCUACAACUACCACAGAGGGUCCAACAACAUCAACAGCCGCUCCAACAACAACUACAGAGGCUCCAACAACAACAACAUCCGCUCCCACUACAACCCCAGCUGCCCCUACAACUACCACAGACGCUCCGACAACAACCACAGCUUCUCCUACUACAAACACAGCUGCCCCUACAACGAGCACAGAGGCUCCAACAACAACCACAGCUUCUCCCACUACAACCACAGCUGGCGCUACAACUACCACAGAGGCUCCAACAACAACAACAACAGCCACUCCUACAACUAGCACAGAGGCUCCAACAACAACCACAGCUUCUCCCACUACAACCCCAGCUGGCCCUACAACUACCACAGAGGCUCCAACAACAACAACAGCCACACCUACAACUAGCACAGAGGCUCCAACAACAACAACAGCCACUCCUACAACUAGCACAGAGGCUCCAACAACAACAACAGCCACUCCUACAAUUACCACAGAAGCUCCAACAACAACAACAGCCACUCCUACAACUACCACAGAGGUUCCAACAACGACAACAGGUGCUCCCACUACAACAUCAGCUGCACCUACAACCGCAGCAGAUGCUCCAACAACAACCACAGCUUCUCCCACUACAACCACAGCUGGCCCUACAACUACCACAGAGGGUCCAACAACAACAACAGCCACUCCUACAACUACCACAGCUUCUCCCACUACAACCACAGCUGGCCCUACAACUACCACAGAGGCUCCAACAACAACAACAGCUGCCCCAACAACUACUACAGAGGCUCCAACAACAACAACAUCCGCUCCCACUACAACCCCAGCUGCCCCUACAACUACCACAGACGCUCCGACAACAACCACAGCUUCUCCU